GGGCCGACGGAAUAUUAAUGCUCUUUUUAUUGUGAGGGAAUGAGCUGCAUCCAAGAAAAAAGCUCAUUUAUGUAAGGAAGGAUAAAUUACUCUGAAGUAUAUCUGAUAAAAUACAGGGAAAAAAUCAGUGUGUUCUUAUUCCCCUAAGUGAAAGCAGUUUGCCAGCAAAUGAAGGCACACACUGUUUUUGCUUGGAAAGCUGUAUUUUGAUACAGAGAAAAACUGUUUGCUUCACCAAAGGGGAAAUUGCCUGGAUACUGAGGAUUUUUAAAUGACACUGUUCUCAGCCAGCAACACACCCUUUUGGAUAACUGACCAAAGCUAACAGUUUACUAAAAUAAGAGUAGAUUGCAGAAAAUAGAUUGAAUUUCAAUUUACAGUCUUUUUUAAAAUAUUUCUCAAACUUGAAAUACAUUAUUUAAUGACACUCUUUCCAGGAGGAGCUGCACAGGUUCCUCUGAUGUUGAGUGUCUGGCCAGCCAGAUGACUGUGGAUGAGGCAGGCUCUGCCCAGUCAGUGACCACAGCUGCUUUUGCAAGUACAAUGGCCCGUGUCUUUGUCUACGGCACACUCAAGAAGGGCCAGCCCAACUACAAGCACAUGAUCAACACAGCCAAAGGCCUAGCGAAAUUCCAAGGAAGGGGCCACACGGUGGAGAAGUACCCGCUGGUGAUUGCAGGGAAAUACAAUAUUCCUUACAUGCUGAACAUCCCGGGGACAGGCCACCACAUUGCUGGGGAGAUUUACUCUGUCGAUGAGCAGAUGCUGCAGUUUCUGGAUGAGUUCGAAGGCUGCCCAGACAUGUACCAGCGCACCCUGAUGAGGAUCCAAGUGGUGGAGUGGGAAGGGAAGGGCGGCGCGGGAGAGGCGCGGGCAGCGGCCGACGGCGUCCUGGAGUGCUUCGUGUACAGCACGGCCACGUACCCGCCCGAGUGGGUCGGGCUCCCCUACUAUGACAGUUACGACUCCUCGGGGAAGCACGGUCUCUCCUACGUCCUACGGGAAAGCCGGGAAUAGAAACGGGAGGUGACGCGGCCUGGCCGAAGACAUAGUGCUAAGCAGGUGUUGCUCGGUAACCUUUCCAGGAAAGCUGUAAUACCUUGUUAUUAAAAUGCAGGAGCCCUUGUAACCUUCCCAACCCAGGAGCCUCGGUGCUAGCUUUGAAGUCCUGUAGGCCCAGAGCUGCAGACUCCUCCCACGGCAGUCAGUGUCGUCCUGGCCCCUCCAGCCUGCUGCAGGUAGCUGGGUUUGCACCAGGUUAAAAUAACUGUAUGUGCACAUCAGGUCUGGGGUCUGAUUAUUCCCUCAACUUCCCCCUUUGCCUUGGUGCAUAAAAAUGGUCCAGUGAAAUUGGACCAUUUCAUAAUAAUUUCAUAAUAAUGGAGGUCAGUGAAAGGCAGAGGAACAGAUUAAUGUUUUUCCCUGAAUUGACAAAUUUUCUUGCACUAAUCUGAAACUGAUUUAAAUGUCUGAAAGUAAAGCACAACUCCUACUGAAUAUUGACUUGUAAUGGGUUUAGUAGGCUACUGCAUGUAAACAGGGAAAGCUGAUCAGAUAACUUGGUGCUUCUAGACAAAUAGGAAAUUGCUGGAGAAAAUAAAAAGAUUAUUCUUAUUCUGCAUUGCAAUGGGUUUUUUUCUGAACUGGAAAGGUGUAUUUUUAAACUUGGUUUUAAAAGGCACUGUCAAGAAAUACUGAGAGAAUUUAAGAGAGUUACAUUUAAAACUGUAUUUUGAAUUUUACAUUCUAAGCAUUUUGGGUUCUGCUUCUGUUCACUGUGUGACUGUAGGAUUUGGUGGGGGGUGGGUGUGUUUGUGUGCCGGUGUGUGUGUAUGUGUCUGUUUUGGGGGUUGUUGGGGACCAGGAAAAGCAAAUCUGCACUGGAGCCGUUGUGAGCACUUACUGUCAAGGUGACUUUUUGUCAAGCAUUUUAAUGCAGAACUUGCAACCAUAUGCAAACUGAGUUUCCUAAUGGGGGGAAAAAUUAUAUACAUUAUAAAAAUAUCCAAAGGACCUGUAUUGUGAUCAUUGCAACAUUUAAAUUGGGAAAAAAAUAUGUAAAGAAGACUGUUGUCCCCCUGACCCAACCAACUGUGCUGGUUUCUGUACAAUCUGGGAAAAUGUGGCUUUCUGUUGUUACACUCCUGUGCCUUAUAUUUUCCUUCAGCUGCAGUGUUUGGUACAGAUAGAUUGUAAAGCUGACGAAGGGAUGGGAGCAGGCAUUGUAUGCCACGCAGUGAGCCAAAGUACCAUCAGAUGCAGCAAGGAUACAAUUAAGAACAAUAUUGUACUUUUGCUUCACUGCCAGUAGUCCUGUGAUGGCCAGAGGAGAUCUGGGGUAGGGAAUCAGCCUAAACUUUAGAAGUAGUAUUUAGACAUUGCUGUAUCUCAUUUGGAAAAGCUUUUAUGUUGCUGCAGUAAGCAAAACAAGCAACUUGCUAGUAGAAUACUUGUGUCUCUUUAUAGUGUUUGUCUGUUUAGGGCAACCUGCAGAGACUGAACUGUGCUCCUUUGGGAAGGGGUAAGAUGGCAGUAAGGAGACUUGUAAGGAGAUCUGCAUGGUCUCUGCCUCAGUUUCUCCAACUGCAAAAGCAUUAAUUUUCCUGGAAGGCAGGUACUAUCCAAACACUUUCCUUACUCAUCUUGAUGAAUUUUAUAAACUAGUUCCCUAAGCAGAUCCCUGGACUACAUAUUCCCCCUCAGCCAUGUGAUGUAGUUAAUUAGCAGUGUCUCAGUAACAGGAAGAAUGCCUCUUCAGUCAGAAGUUUCAGGCAGAAUCGAACUUUCCUGGUUGAACAUGAGUCACCAGCCCUGUUACCAACUAUUCUCAUCCUUCACCUUCCAGUAAAGGGCCCAGGCACUUCUGGCCACAGGGUUUCUUUCUGGGAAGUAGCAGGACUCUGCACAUCCUGGGCAAGAAAACAAGAGCAGGCCUGCUCCACUCUGGAGCAGUGGUCAAGGUCCCUUUGUCUCCCUUUCCUGUAAGCAUUCAGGAGGAGGCCUGGUCUGAGGGACACAUGCUCUUAGCAGUACCUUGGGGCAGCUAAAGACCUCUGAGAGCAGUGCCAGCUCCUUCUGUAAAGGCAUCCAGUAAUCAGUACAGAGAAGAUACAGAUGGGGAAAUUGAGUAUGGAGUUUGAAUAAAAGAAGACAAUUCCCUUACAACUUUGAAUGAAAAUACAUGACAAAUAUCUGCACUAGCAAAAUAAAGCUUCUAAGCGGUAAUUUAAAUCUAAUUUAUACAAAGCAUUAAAAAUACAAUAAUAUAUAAGUACUUAAAAUAGAAGUAAUUCUGUAAUAAUUUAUUACUAGUUAAUAAGUAAUAAUUCAAUAAAUAUAUAUCCUAAUUGAAAAUAAAUCUGAUCAGAAUUUAAGCCAUUGGUUGUACUUGUGCAGCACUUAUAUAGAGUGAAGGAGAACUGCUCAGUUUGCUCAGUGGUUAAUUUUUCAUUCUUGCCAGCCAUUCAGUACAGCCUGGCUGGGGCCUCAAACCAGGGACAUUGCUGUGGAGAAGACAAAUCAGAUUUUGGCUUUUGUUGUGUUUUCUUUUUUUUUUUUUUUUUAAAGAGGCUUUUCCUGUUUCAAAGCAGAAAUGGUAUUUUAUUGAUUUUAUUUGAUCCUGAAAAAUCAAAGCAUUACAAAGGUUAUGUACAAGUAUUUCUGGAAGUAAAAAUCUGGGAUCUGUUGCCAAGAUUUAACAUCUGUGUUUGCUGUCUUAACCACUGAUACAGUAAAUAUGCUUGUAUAAAAUCCUGUGCGUAGUACUGUCUGUUUUCUGUGUUGAAUUGUCUUAAUGUUACUUUACAGAUAAAAAUAAUAAAGGCUUAGUUAAUUCAA